AGCCAUGAGGUUCUUCGUCUUCACCUGCCUUUUGGCUGUUGCUCUGGCCAAGAAUGGGAUAAAGCAGCGCUCUGCCAGUGAGGAGAUUGUCAGCUUCUAUCAAGAAAAAUAUAAGCAGGAUAGUAAUGCAGCCAUUUACCCAACAAAUCAGGAAACUCCUAGUGUUUCAUCUAGUGAGGAAUCUGUCGAAGUACAAACUGAAAAAGAUGAGCAGAUUGAGGAAGAAAAUGUCUAUCUAAAACAGUUGAAAAGAAUCAAGCAAAUUUUUCAGAAAUUUUACAUUCCACAAUAUCCUGAAGUUUAUCAACAGCAGAUUGUUAUGAACCCAUGGAAACACGUUAAAACAACUACUUACCCUGUUCCCAUCCCGGAAACUACCAGGAUCCCCCUAGAGGAGAUUGUUAAGAAAAUUGUUGAGAUGAUCAAAUUCAACCAGCUUCACCAGUUUGUCAUCCCCCAGUAUGUCCAGGCUCUUCAGCAGCGGAUAGCUAUGAACCCUUGGCAUCACGUAACCCCCUUCCGCUCUUUUCCCGUUUUGAAUUUCUAAGAUUCUUGAAGUAACCACUGCUUCUUGAGCUUAGGUUUAACUGGAAAAAUCAUUCCUAUAUAGUUUUCUCAUCUAUCACAUUACCUCCUACUAUCAACAUCUUUUGGCGUGUUUGUGAAAAGACACCAAUGUUGAGGCAAAAAGGAAGAGUGUGUGGAAUAUUUUCUGUGGUGUUGCUACGUUUUUGGUUUAUGUUGGAUAUGCCAGGUCUUGAUUGUGGUAUCAUAUUAACUGUAUUGAUGACUUGAUGUCUUUUCUAUUUCUGAGAUAUAGAACUAUGUAUCUCUUAACAAAACAUUAAAAUUUGAAGUGC